AUGCAAAGAAUUCAUUUAAAACUUGUUAAGCAUGCUUAUAUGACACAUAGAAGACAUUCACAUGCACGUAGAUAUGUUAAACGGUUUUUUCCAAAUGAUUGGGAAAUCCGUAGGCCAAUUUGGUUAUUAUUUCUUUUAUUUCAACUUGGAGAUUCUCCUCCACAUUUACAAGAAAUAAAUUCACAAAUAAUUCCAACACCAAUGCUCGAUUUGUAUUUGGCACAAUUGGCUAGUGAACAAAAUAAAAAUUUAAUUUCGAUGGAAACAGUAUCAGAACAAUGUAAUCCAACACAAUUAAUUAAAUUAGAAGAAAUAAUAUUUGCAAUAAAUUAUACUUUAAAUUAUAUUGAAUGGACAGAAAAAAGAGACGAAUUAGAUAAUAAUAAAUUAAAUUUAACAGCUACAACAAUGAAUAAUCAGUCAAUUAAUAAAUUAAUUAAACAUUAUAAAUGUGGAACUUUACAAGUUGGAAUUGAACAAUUAGUUUUUGGAGCACACAGAUUUACACAAAAUGGAUUCCAAACAACUCCGGAACAAGACAAAUUAGCUAAAGAAAUUGACAAUUUAUUAGUUGAGGAUAUUUUAUUGAGGAGAAAUGAAAGAAUGGCUAGGUAA